GUCACACAGGACACAACCAGGAACCAGAAGCUGACAUAUUUUGGCAGGAACCUCCUGUUAAACUACGGAGAGAAACUGGGAGUUGUUGAGAAUGAUUGAUUCUGUGUCUGCUGGAGCAGCUGUUUCUAUGGAAAGGAUUUCAAACAUGGUGUUCUUUUUCCUAUAGAGACAUUUCUAAACAAUGAUCUUCAACUAAACAAUGAUCUUCAACUAAAAAAGAUUCAGGGGAACAGCUUGCUCAAUGGAUAGACUUCAGGGAUGGAUUGGGCUGAUUAUCAGUCUUAUGGUCUACCUAACAGAUCCUGGCUUUGGCUAUGCCAUCAUAGAAGGCCCCCAAAAUUUAACAGUUGUUGUGGGUUCGGUGGCCCGAUUUAACUGCACAGCAUCAGAUGGGUGGAAAAUUUUGAUAUGGCUUUUCAAUGGAAAUCCUAAGCUGUCUGUACUGAGCUCUGGAGGAACUAUUGAAACAGAUUACCGAUACACUCAGAAAGGUUAUAACCAAAGUGAUAACAGGUUUACUUCAGAGCUGAUGAUCCAUAAUGUUCAGCUGAAAGAUUCUGGACAAAUCAGAUGUAGCCUCCAGAAUAAUGAUGACAAUGCAUAUGCAUUUCUUUCUGUACAAAUUAAUGGAUUUUUGAAUAUCAAAGAUACCAACUUCAUAGUGAAAAAGAACCAGACAAUUGAAAUAGUCUGUGAAGCCUUUGGAUGGUCUCCUGCUCCACGCAUUUCCUGGAUGAAAAAUAAUCAUCUAUUAGAUCAUUCCAUGUAUGUUUCCAACUACAGUCAAAUAUCUAAUGGCUUAUACAAUGAAGAGAGCAUCUUAACUCUGACCCCACUGACCACUAGCACAGUGACUUGCUUAGCUACCAUAGAUGCACUUUCUAAACCUCAGUCUGCAACUAUAACUGUGACUGUGUAUGAACCUUCCCCAAUAGGAUGUGCUAAUGAAGAUUGGCGAAUCCGAACUAUAAUUUUAGCGGUUGUGUUGUCAGUUGUUCUGUUCCUCCUUCUGAUCCUUAUUAUUAUCCUUAUUAUAUGUUGCUGCAAAAGAAGGAAAGAGUCCAACUAUCACAAUGAGCUAAGAAAGAUUUCAGGGAGGAAAGAAAAAGAUAGAGAUUUGGAGACUGUGAGUCACAGUGGAAAGGAAAACUAUGGCUACAGUGCAGAGCAAAUGACACGAGAUCACACUUCCUUCCCAGUUAAACAAGACUUUUAUAAUUCAGAGCAAGAUCUGAACGUGAACUCUCCAUCAGAGGUAUCUAACAAUGGACUUCAAACUGGAGAAUUUCCUUCAAGAACUACUGUUUACCCAGUUAAUCCACACAAAAUCAGAAAUGUGACACUAAUAUAGAAAAGCACUCACAACACCAAUAUCGUUUCUUACAAUUUCUUCAUUUGUUUUAUCUGAGAAUCAGGAUCAGUAAGUAAUAAUUUCUGAGGAACUUUAGUGAAGAAGCCACUGCUUCCCACCCCCUCUCCACAAAGGCAAUUUAGAAUAAAAACAAAAUGAAUUUCUCUUUGUAUAUUUAUUUUCUGACUACUGUAAAACUUAAAAACUUUAUUUUUAAAAUGCAAGCACUUAUGAUCCAAGAUUAAUAAUAUUGUUUUAUAUUAAUGAAGCAAAUAUACUGUAUUUCUGGUUGCACACAUCAGAUAGUGCCGACAUGGCAAUAGGAACACAUGCAAGGAUAUGUACAAUUCAGAUUUAAAAUAAAUCCAACAUGCAUUUCUAUGGGAGCAGGUAUGAAAGCUUAAAUAAAAUGGAAUCCAUGGUGACAUGGCACUGAAUAGUUUUAAUAGUAUUGAUCUUUCUACAGUCAAAAAGUACACGCACUGCACCAUUUGUUUGUAAAAUACGUAUGUAAAAUAGUGUAAAUAUCUGAAAUUUGCAUUUUAAAGGGUUAUCUAUUUGGGUAAUUUUUAAAAGAGAUUACAUCUAAAAAAUUAAAUUAAAAUGCUUAUGCAGGAAAAUAUAUAUAUUUCCAAUAUAUUUUGGGAAAGCUUUGUUACACAUAUAAACUAUAAACUAUAUUUAUUAGGGCAAAUUGCAUAUAGAAGCUGCAUGUUAAGUAAAAUUGUAAGUGACAAAUCAGAACAGAUGUGCUUAAUGACUAUUUUGUUAAACAUCCAUUGAAACUCUGGAAUCUUCUCUUAAUGUGGGUAGUAAAAUAAAACUUUAAUAUUGAACUGAA